AUGGAGAGGAAAGAGCAGCGGGGCGGAGGGCGGCGGACCGACGCCCACCAGGACCCGUGCGAGGGCGAACCCGGGGGCGCGGUGGUGCAGCGAACGCAAGUGGUGCUCCUGGCCGGCGAGCCGUGGGGGGCCGAGAGCGGCCAGCAGGUCCUCAGCUCUUUCGCGCACCACGUGCUGCCCACAACGGGGGGCGGCCCCCAAGAGGCCCCUGGUGCCGAGCCCACCGCGAAGUCCCAACAACAGCAGCAGCAGCAGCAGCAGCUGGGCACUCAGUCGCCGCCCUGCACUUCCUCGGUCGCGCCGUCGGGGCAGCUGACUUUCUUCCUGUGCCGGGCGGCGUCGCUGCGGGAGCGGGCGGCGCGGCUGCGGGAGGUACUGCAGGGCGUGCGGGACCAGAGCCGCGGCGCGCCGGCCGCCCUGGUGGGCGUGAUUGUGCAGCCGCGGCCCGAGGAGGAGUACGAAGCCCUGAGUCGCCUCGAGGAGCUGCUCCGCGAGGUCUUCGAAGUCGAGGGCGCCUGCUCUAUGGAGAUCCACACGGCCGUCUUCGCUCCCGGCCGGCCCGACGGGGCCCUCGAGCUCCGGCGCGUCAAGGGCCGCGUCGCCACCAAGCGAACGCGUGAGUAGGGAUCGGGAGGCGAUCUGGGUUUGCUCGAGGGGGCGCUCUUCACCGCUUUCAGAACGCCGUCGCUGCGCAAGCCUCCUUAUGUGGCACAAGGUGCCUCUGGGCAUGUGCUUAGGGCCAGCCAGCCCUUGCAAAGCCCCGUCCUGUUUCCACACUAACCGACAAGUGCCCUCCAAUGGCUAGUUUAGUCCUCAUUCCCUGCAAGGCUUGUUUACUUGCAAUAUGAUGGAGGAGAGUCUUUCUGACAGUGAGAUUUGGGGGAGCGGGAAGCACUCUGGGUAUGCUCAGGGGCACUCUUCAUCACUUGCAACAGCGGAGGCUGAAAUCAAACCCUCAGUGGCUGCACAGACUUGAUGUGGGCUUAACUCCUGCUGUGGCACAAGCUGCUUCUGGGCAUGUGCAGAGUGGCAACCAUCCCUUGCAAGGCCCAUUCCACUAGCUAUUUUAGUCCUCACUCCCCCCCCCAAGUCUUUUUUGCUUGGCACAUUUAUUUAUUACAUUAAUAUACCACUCCACCCCCCCCAGGAGUGUAAGGUGCUGGUGUACCUGGUGCUUCUCCUCCCCAUAACAACCCUGUGAAGUAGGUUAGGCUGAGAGAUUUUAAAGGGCCCAUUGUCACCUGGUGAGCUUCCUUUCCGAAUGGGGAUUCGAAAUCAGGCCUCUCAGGUCAUAAUCCAACCACCAGCUCUCACGAUGAAAGAGGAGAGUCUUUCUGACAUGAAAUUGGGGGGCGAGAGAGAGGAAAGGAGGCUUCAGGGUCUGGUCCUGCAACUCACAAGCAGUUGUGAGACACCUCCCCCCCCACCUGUACUCCCAAACCAUUUUGAAUGCUCCCCUCUGGGGCUGAAAGGUGGGCUACUGCUCAAAUAACUGUCAAUCUGGUGGCUUGCUACUAGCUGCGUGGGAUAGGAGUCACUCUGUGCAUGCUCAGAGGAUCUCUUCUUCAGUAUCAUAUGCUGUGUUGCAGAAGAGUCAGUGAACACCCAGCAGCCAUGGGCAAGCCACCCCAGCACUGACACAUGACCUCGCACCCCCUUAAAAAAAAAGUCCAAGGGAGUCCGUUCCACUUUCAAACAGUUCUUUCCCUCAGAAAGUUGUUCCAGGUUAAUGAAGGCUGGUGUGGCUGUUCCUUCUCUUGAGGCCCGUAUGCAAUCAAAUCUUCUCAGAGCAUUGCCAGGAAUGCUUAUGCUGGGAUUUGUUUUCUGGUUUGAUUUAUUGUUCUGGGCUUCUUUAUAUAUUUUCAUGUUUUCCUGCUUGUGAGCUGCCCAGAGGAUGCUGUUAAUGGGCAUCAUAUGGACGAUGUUAUAAGAUAAAUUGCAACCUCUUACCCUGCUGUAUAACAAAAGUCUAAUCAUGUGACAGUGACAUGGCAGCACCUGCCUCCAUCUCCCUCGGGGCAAACUGUAGUGUCCUUGGGGGCGGAGACUUCUCACUUUGCACUUUGCAAAGUGUGAUGCACAUUUAUGGUGCUAUAGAAAGGAAUUGUUUGUUUUUUCCCCUCCACCCUCAAGUGAGCGAAACUUGGACAGACAAAUCAAGGUUUAUUCAGUUGUUGGGAGCUGCGCUGUCUUUCGGAACAAUGGCCUACGGGGGCUAUUACUUCUACCAUCACCCGCCAAUGUAAAGCCUUCUACUCUGCCAGGACUUCUCCCUCCUUACCUGGUUAAGGUGCGUAUCAAGGGGGAGGAGGCAUCUGUGUAGGAACCUGGGGUGAUGAUCUUCUGCUCCCAGGGUUAGCACAGGCAUAGCCAGGGGGGCAGCUGCCCUCCCUAAAUCAAGUAAAUAAAUAAAAAUAGGAAUAAUCAGAAUAAUUGAAAUUGAAAUUCUUGCUGAGGUCAUUUGGAUGAUGUUGCGGCACAUUCUAGCGACUCAACUGGCAAUCCGACUGAAUGAUAGGCGUAGUUCCGCAAACUGACCAAUCCCAUUGCGGGUAGCUCUGUUCUGGAAGUUUCUCAUAGUUUCCAGCAUUUUCUCCUGUGAAGGUGCACCUGCAGGGCCUGUCUAGUUUCUAAACAACUGGAAGGUUCCCACAGGCUAUUUAUACCCCCUAAAUUAAAUCCUGGCUACACCCGUGAGGGUUUGAGCUAAUAAUAAUAAUAAUACAGCAAUAAUAAUUUAUUUAUAUGCCUCCCAUCAGACUGGGUUGCAUGUGCCACUCUGGGUGGCUUCAACAAAUUAAAACAUCAAACACAGUAAAACAUCAAGUAUUAAAAACUACCCUAUACAGGGCUGCCUUUCAGGUGUCUUCUAAAAGUCUAAUAGUUGCUUAUUUCUUGAUGGGAGGGCGUUCCACAGGGAGGGUGCCACCACUGAGAAGGCCCUCUGCCUGGUUCCCUGUAACCUCACUUCUCUCAGUGAGGGAACCGCCAGAAGGCCCUCAGAGCUGGACCUCAGUGUCUGGGCAGAACGAUGGGGAAAUAAAUGCAGAUUCACGCAGCUUGUAGCUCAGAGGUGGAGAAGCCCUGAAGGAACCUUCUGAUUUGGUCCACUAGGGUAUUUUCCCCAAAAACCACACUCUCCUUCCUUAAAGUGAGCUCCCAAUUGUUCCUUUGCAAGCAGGGCUCACUUACUAUCAGCUGAUUGACACCGACAGCGAGUCCUUCUGGGAUUACCCACCAGGAACUCCCUAGUGCAGCCAAGGGGCUCACUGUCAGUGUCAAACAGCUGACUGGCUCUGAAAGAAAGUCCCUUUGAGGGCACAAAGCUGAUUUGAUCAGCUUCAAAGGAGUCUGCUUUGCUUGCAAGCAAUCUGAGAAAGCAGGGCAUGCAACUAGUCCCUUUGAAGGCAUGCCCUGGAUGGCUGCACAAUACAGUCCUCAGGCAAUCCUGCUCAUAAGAGGAGCCCUGUAGCUGGAUCAGGCCAAAGGGGGUCCAUCUAGUCCAGCUUCCUGUUCUCAGUGGGGCCAACCAGAUGCCUCUUCUGGGGAGCCCCUAAGCAGGACCCAAGUGCAACAGCAUUUGAGUGCCAGUGGUGUUGGAAGUGGCAGGCGCAAGAGGCUGUGCCCAUUUGGGGUGACUAUCCCCACAUCUAUGGAACACCCUGAAGCCCAAAAGAUGCACAUCUUUCUAGCCAUGUGGAAAUUAGGACCUCUUUAUAAGCACGAUGGGCUGGAGAUCGUAUUGUGGGUUUAACAUGGGAGAUCGGUUGGUUGUUGAUUAUAUUUUCUGAUGCUGAUUUCUGUCAUUAAACAAAAUCUUGUUUUUAACUGAGAUCAUUGCAUCAGCUUGAGAUAAUAUAAGCUGUCCUGAGGGCUUCUAAGCAGCCAGAUAGCAGGACGCUCAUUUUGCACAUAAUAAAAUGGAAGAGUCAGAAAGGUUGCAGAAAUGUGUUGGCACCACCUUUUGACAUGUUGCUUGCCCUAGUGUGUUUGAUCAAAGGAAGUCCCCCAUUAAGGGAAGGCCCGUAGCUCAGGGGCAGAGCCCCUACCUUGCAUGCAGAAGGUCCCAGGUUCAAUCCCUAACAGCAUCUCUCCAGGUAGGGCUGGGAAUGUUCCCCACCUGAAACCCCAAGUGCUUCUGCCAUACUCAGUUAGAUGGAUCAAGGGUCUCACUCGAUAGAAGGCAACUUCUUAUGUUCCAGUUUAUUACAUUCCUUUAUUCAGAACCAUGUGGACUAGAAUCUUACCUUGUGGAAAGGGAGUAGCUCAGUGGCAGAGCACACACUUUGCAUGCAGCAGGUCCCAGGGUCAAACCCGGAAACAUCUUCAUGUAAGACUGGGAAUGUUUCCUGCCUAAAACCCUGGAGAACUGCUGCCGGUCAAUGCAGAGGGUACUAAGCUAGAUGGAAUAAUUGUCAUACUCUGUAUCUUAUCUACACCUGCAGGUAGUUGAUUUUAGAUGUGGGAUAUCAAUCUACCAAAAUAAUUUUCUUAAUUCACCUGAAUCCUUAUUGCAAGUUAAUUAUUGGAAAUCUAAGUAAGCAACUGUAUGAACUUGUUAAUUUUUGUUAGAGGUUAUUGCUGUUUCUAUUAGAUGUAUUAUUAGUAACUGCAAGUUUUUAAAACAGCUUUUAAUGCUGCAUUUUAAAUUGUUGUAACCUGUCCAGGUACCCUAGUGUGAAGGGCAGAUCAGUAAUAAUAAUAAUAAUAAUAAUAAUAAUAAUAGUAAUAAUGUAUUGUGACAAUGAGGCAUGCAUAUGGGUGAUCAUUUUGUACUUUUCUAUUGUGAACCACCCUGGGCUCUCCAGAUGAAAGGUGGUAUACAAGUGUAAUAAACAAUGGCCAUAAUAUAAAUCUGUCUUUGUAUCUGUUAAUAUUUCUCUCUAUUAAUAUUUGCCCUUGAAUUGUUGCCUUUGUCCCCUGCUCCUAAUGUGCUUGCAUUUCCCUCUCCUUUCCCCUGCAGGUCUCGUGCUCAUCUGGAUUUUCAGCUGUCACCCAGAAUAAAAAUGUACAAAACCGAAAGGUCUGA